AUGUCGUCCACGAACAGACCGCUCGAGAAUCAGGCGCGGCCGUCGUCGGGCAAGAAAGGAGAUUUCCUCGGACGACGGUCCUCUCAGCCUGAAGACGAGAAGCCAGCGAAUGUUGAGGUCCCCCAGGAAGAUGUCGAACCCAAGGUCGAGGACGCCAAGCCCGUCUCAUUUACAGAUCUUUUCCGGUUACAUACCAAGACGGAGCUGACCCUUAAUCUGAUCGGAUUGGUCUGUGCGAUGGGGGCCGGAGCGGCUCAGCCGUUGAUGAGUUUAUUCUUUGGGAAUCUUACCGAGGACUUCGUCCACUUUGCGACCGUUCUCGCUGCGGCGAACAGUGGUAAUACCACCGCCGCGGCCGAAUUCCCUGCCGUUAGAUCGCAUUUCCGGCACACAGCGGCAAACGACGCGUCCUUCCUUGUCUACAUUGGCGUUGCCAUGUUUGUCGCGACCUAUGUGUACAUGGUGGUCUGGGUGUACACAGGGGAGGUCAAUGCCAAACGGCUACGGGAGCGUUACCUUCGGGCUGUUCUUCGUCAAGACAUUGCCUACUUCGACAACCUCGGCGCCGGUGAAGUUGCUACCCGUAUACAGACGGAUACCCAUCUUGUACAGGAAGGCAUUUCUGAGAAAGUGGCACUCAUCGUCGUGUCCAUCUCAGCGUUCAUCACCGGUUUCAUCCUCGCUUACGUUCGUAACUGGCGUCUCGCCCUCGCGUUGACAAGCAUUAUCCCAUGCAUCUCGAUCGCGGGCGGGGUCAUGAACGCUUUCAUGUCCAAAUAUAUGCAAAUUUCGCUUAAGCACAUUGCUGAGGGCGGUACAUUGGCCGAAGAAGUCAUCUCUAACAUUCGCACCGCCCAGGCCUUUGGAACACAACCCAUUCUCAGCAGUAUCUACGGUGAACACGUGAACAAUGCCAACAAGGUGGAAUUGAAAGAUGCCGCAUGGCAAGGUGGAGGGGUGGCCGUGUUCUUCUUCAUUAUAUAUAGUUCAUAUGCUCUUGCCUUUGAUUUUGGUACCACUCUCAUUAAUGAACAUCAUGCGAACGCUGGACAAGUCGUUAAUGUCUCCUUUGCCAUCCUCAUCGGUUCAUUCUCCUUGGCUAUGCUUAUGCCUGAUAUGCAAGCUAUCAGCUACGCCCAGAGCGCAGCCGCUAAGCUUCAUGCAACGAUUGACCGCAUUCCUUCGAUCGACUCAGCCGACCCCGGAGGCACGAAACUUGAGAAGGUUGUCGGCGAGAUAGCACUCGAGCACGUCUACUUCAACUACCCGUCGCGUCCGAACGUCCCUGUCGUGAAGGACUUGAACCUUACUUUCCCCGCUGGCAAGACUUGCGCGCUCGUCGGCGCCUCCGGGAGUGGCAAAUCCACCUGCAUCGGACUCAUCGAGCGGUUUUACGACCCGCUGUCCGGUGUCGUCAAGUUUGAUGGCGUCGACAUCAAGGAGUUAAAUCUCAAGUGGCUUCGUUCGCAGAUCGGCCUGGUUUCCCAGGAACCCACGUUAUUCGCAACCACGAUCAAGGGCAAUGUCGCGCACGGUCUUAUUGGCACGAAGCAUGAGCACGCUUCGCAGGAAGAGAAGGACCAGCUAAUCAAGGAGGCCUGCAUCAAAGCGAACGCGGACGGUUUCAUCGCUAAGCUCCCGCUCGGAUACGACACGAUGGUUGGUGAACGCGGUUUCCUGUUGUCUGGUGGUCAGAAGCAGCGUAUUGCGAUUGCUCGCGCGAUUGUCUCCGACCCCAAGAUCCUGCUCUUGGACGAGGCUACUAGUGCUCUUGACACUCAGUCCGAAGGCAUCGUCCAGAACGCUCUUGACAAGGCUGCGGAAGGUCGUACCACAAUAACGAUUGCUCACCGUCUCUCCACCAUCAAGGACGCCGACUGCAUUUACGUCAUGGGUGGCGGCGUGGUGCUCGAGAAGGGCACGCACCAGGAGUUGCUCAAGAACGAGGAUGGCGCAUAUUCUCGCCUUGUCGCGGGGCAGAAACUCCGUGAAGCUCGUGAGGGUGUAUUUGAUGUGACCGGUGGAGGCGACCCGUCGACCGUCGAGAGAGCUCAGGAGAAGACGAUGGAGCAGCAGGCUGCCGAGGAUAUUCCUCUUGGACGCAAGCAGAGCGGGCAGUCUCUCGGCAGCCAGAUCGGCGAACAGCACCAGAGAAAGAAGGCUGGCCCGGACCACAAGGACGAUUACUCCCUCCUGUACCUGUUGAAGCGCAUGGGUAUCAUUAACCGUGAGAAUUGGAAAUGGUACGGGAUCGCCGUUGUCGCGGCUUGCUGUUCCGGCGCUGUAUAUCCGUCUUUCGGUAUCGUCUUAGCUCAUUCCAUAAACAACUUCUCCAAGCCGGACCCGCACGUUCGCAGGGAAAGGGGCGACCGGGAUGCGCUAUGGUUUUUCGUCAUCGCCAUCCUCUCUACUUUUUCCCUUGGUAUACAAAACUACUUGUUCGCCUCAACUGCAGCGUCGUUGACGGCGAAGCUGCGGUCCCUGAGCUUCAAGGCCAUUCUCAGGCAGGACAUCGAGUUCUUCGACGAGGACGAGAAUAACACCGGAGCAGUGACCUCGUCCCUCAGCGACAAUCCCCAGAAGGUCAACGACCUCGCUGGGGUGACACUCGGCGUCAUCGUGCAGUCUUUCGCCACCCUCGUUGUCGGUCUUGUCCUUGGCUUGGUCUUUGCCUGGAAGCUUGGUCUCGUCGGUCUCGCUUGCAUGCCGCUCUUGGUUUCCGCUGGUUACAUCCGCCUCCGCGUCGUUGUGCUCAAGGACCAGAAGAACAAGCGCGCGCACGAGGAUUCCGUUCAGCUUGCCUGUGAAGCCGCUGGCGCCAUCCGGACCGUGGCAUCGCUCACCCGAGAGCAUGAUUGCACGGACCUUUACAACCAAAGCUUAGAGGGGGCCCUUCAGGAGUCAAACAGGAGCGCCAUCCGGAGCAACCUGCUCUUCGCGUUGUCCCAAUCCAUGUCGUUUUACAUCAUUGCCCUCAUCUUCUGGUACGGCUCUCGUCUCGUUUCGGACCGAGAGCUCUCAACGACAGACUUCUUCAUCGGCUUGAUGGGCACGGUCUUCGGUUCCAUUCAGGCUGGCAACGUCUUCUCCUACGUGCCGGAUAUGUCUUCCGCCAAGGGUGCUGGCUCGGACAUCAUCAGACUUCUAGACUCCGUGCCGGAGAUCGACGCCGAAUCGACUGUGGGCAAAGUCCCGAAGGACGUGAAGGGCCAAAUCCGCCUCGAAGAUAUUCACUUUCGUUACCCGACCCGCCCUGCGGUACGUGUCCUCCGCGGCCUCAAUCUCACCGUUGAUCCCGGCACAUACGUCGCCCUUGUCGGCGCUUCUGGAUGUGGCAAGUCGACGACGAUCCAGCUCGUCGAGAGGUUCUACGAUCCUCUCGCAGGUCACAUCUACCUAGACGGGCAGGACAUCGCCGAGCUCAACGUCCAGGAGUACCGGAAGCACAUCGCCCUCGUGUCCCAAGAACCGACGUUGUAUGCCGGAACCGUGCGGUUUAAUAUCCUCCUCGGAGCUACCAAGCCCCACGAGGAAGUCACUCAAGAGGAUAUUGAAGAGGUGUGCCGGAACGCGAACAUUCUGGACUUCAUCCAGUCCCUGCCGGACGGCUUUGAUACCGAGGUCGGAGGCAAGGGCUCCCAAUUGUCCGGUGGUCAGAAACAACGUAUCGCGAUCGCUCGUGCCCUGCUUCGCAAUCCGAAGGUGCUACUUUUAGACGAGGCCACGUCGGCGCUUGACUCGCAGUCUGAGAAGGUGGUGCAAGCGGCGCUUGACCAGGCCGCGAAGGGGCGGACGACCAUUGCGAUAGCCCAUAGGCUGUCCACUAUCCAGAACGCGGACUGCAUUUACUUCGUCAAGGAUGGCGCAGUGAGCGAGUAUGGCACGCAUGACCAAUUGAUAGCGAAGAAGGGCGACUAUUAUGCAUCGGUGCGGUUACAGUCAAAGGCUUAG